GUCACAUCAGCACCAAGCGGGAAGGAGCGGGCUGCUGCUGCUUCUGUUGGUGGAGCGGUCUGUUUUCUUGUGUUAUUUAGCUAGCAAGCAGUCAGCAGGCUAGCUAAACAAGGAGCAACCGAGGACUGAACAUGCCGCGGGAAAUCAUAACGCUUCAGCUGGGACAAUGUGGAAAUCAGAUCGGUUUUGAGUUUUGGAAGCAGCUGUGUGCAGAGCAUGGCAUCAGUCCGGAGGGGAUUGUUGAGGAGUUUGCAACUGAAGGGACCGACAGGAAGGAUGUGUUCUUCUAUCAGGCUGAUGAUGAACACUACAUUCCCCGUGCAGUGCUCCUGGACCUGGAGCCGAGGGUGAUCCACUCCAUCCUCAACUCGCCUUAUGCAAACCUGUACAACCCAGAGAACAUCUACCUCUCUGAGCAUGGAGGAGGUGCUGGCAACAACUGGGCCAGUGGAUAUUCACAGGGCAAAAAAAUCCAAGAAGACAUCUUUGACAUCAUUGACCGGGAGGCAGAUGGCAGUGACAGUCUGGAGGGAUUUGUCCUGUGUCAUUCCAUUGCUGGGGGGACAGGCUCCGGGCUGGGAUCCUAUCUGCUGGAGAAACUCAAUGACAGGUACCCAAAGAAGCUUGUGCAGACUUACUCUGUUUUCCCAAACCAGGAUGAGAUGAGUGAUGUGGUCGUUCAGCCGUACAACUCACUGCUGACACUGAAGAGGCUCACACAGAACGCAGACUGCGUGGUGGUGUUGGAUAACACAGCUCUAAAUCGCAUCGCCACAGACAGACUGCAUAUCCAGAACCCCUCGUUCUCCCAGAUCAAUCAGCUGGUUUCCACCAUCAUGUCUGCAAGCACCACCACCCUGCGCUACCCAGGCUACAUGAACAAUGACCUUAUCGGCCUGAUCGCAUCCCUCAUCCCCACACCCCGCCUCCACUUCCUUAUGACUGGGUACACGCCACUCACUACUGACCAGUCGGUUGCUAGUGUGAGGAAAACCACAGUGCUGGAUGUGAUGAGGAGGCUUCUGCAACCCAAAAACGUGAUGGUGUCCACGGGAAGAGAGAGGCAGCCGAGCCACUGCUACAUCGCCAUUCUCAACAUCAUCCAGGGAGAGGUUGACCCCACACAGGUGCAUAAAAGCCUCCAAAGGAUCCGAGAGCGGAAACUUGCCAGCUUCAUUCCCUGGGGUCCUGCCAGCAUCCAGGUGGCGUUGUCCAGGAAGUCCCCGUACCUGCCCUCGGCCCACCGGGUCAGCGGUCUGAUGAUGGCCAACCACACAAGUAUCUCUUCUCUGUUUGAGAGGACGUGCCGGCAGUAUGACAAACUGCGUAAGCGCGAGGCCUUCCUGGAGCAGUUCCGCAAAGAGGACAUAUUCAAGGACAACUUUGACGAGCUGGACAACUCUCGCGAAGUCGUCCAGCAGCUGGUGGACGAGUACAGCGCAGCCACGCGGCCUGACUACAUUUCCUGGGGCACACAAGAACAGUGAAUGGACUUACAGCUUGUAUCUCAGCUACACCUCAGUCAACAUACAUCCUUAGCUAGUUUAUUCUAACUCAAUUUAUGUCCCUUAUACACAUUAGUGUCCCAAAAUAAACAGGUAUUUGGCUUUAGCUGCUUCUCUGAAAAAAAAAUAUUUAUUGGCUUUUUACAGCAUGUAAUAGUAUGUGUAUGUGUUCACUCAGUCAAGAGACUGAGGGAUGAGUGUUAACACCCACUGUCAUUGUAUCAACCAAAAAGUAAAAUGGUAAAUUCUCAAACCUAGUUUAUAUAAAUCAAUCAAUACUCAAUGCCUCCGUGCAGAAAGGAUAGAGUAUCUUCUCUUUAAAUAUUUAAUAGUUGUUUUUUUCCUCUCUCCUAAACUCAGUUUUCCCCCUUUUUUGCCUAUUUCUUUGAAAACCUGUUGCCUUGUUUUGGUCAAUUUUAUACUGACUACAGUAACUCUUGUACAGCUGAUUCACAGUAAAGCUUCUACAGCCUACAAAAAUGACUGCCUUGAAUAAUGAGAGUAGGGUUGGCAGAGGGCAUUGCAUGAUGGUUAAUAUAGGUUCUUAUAUCCCAGACAUUUCUGACAUGGUGCAUUGUACCGUCUGUCUGCAGCCGAUACACAUUGCUCAUUUGUCCUCACUGUGCAAGACCAACAAGAAUAUCAAGUUGAAGUUUGGCUCAGGCCGAAAAUGGUGUUAAAAUACCUCCCAUAUUAACUGCAAUGACAUUUUAACAGCAUUCGUCACCUGCAGUAAGGAAAGUAACAGUUUGCACAGAUGAACACAUUGUACAAGGAUGGCUCUCUGUUUAACACUUCAUCUCUAUGCCUGUAAAUAUACUUAAAAGAAUAGCUGGUUCACUGGCAUUCUCUGUAUCGUCUCAGUGGAACUACUGUCCCAUGUUGCUUUGCUUGUUGGACCUGUUUAAAAAUGAUGAAUAAACACAUUUUUCUAUUA